ACACGAUAUGGAGGAGGAAUCCGCUGAUGCAGCGAAACCAGAUCAUUUGAAGCCAGCUUCCAAGGGGAAAAAAGGGUGUUUCCGCCGAGUUUGUUCAUUUUUCAGCAUGGCGGCACACAUUUUAGCCAUUUCCUUCGUCUCAUAUAUGAUUUAUUUGGCCUGGCCAUUUUCAAGCCUCUUUUCCUGGCAUCCUGUGCUGAUGUCAAUUGCUUUUGCUCUACUGAUGACAGAGGCCAUCCUGUUCUUCUCCCCGGACAGUAACUUGGUCCCCAAGGCUACACGCAAGAUGAAGGUGACCUAUCACUGGAUCACCAACACCACAGCUGUGUUGUGUGCCCUGGCAGGGCUGGCUAUCAUCGUGGUCAACAAGGAGCGCUACGGCAAGCCCCAUUUCACCAGCUGGCAUGGGCUGUGCGGGAUCUGCACAGUGGUCUACACCUGCCUGCAGGCCACAGCCGGCUCCACCCUCCUGUACCCUAAACUGACAGCUGGCCUGGCCAAGCCGGCUGACCUCAAGCUGUACCACGCCACUUCGGGCCUGGUGCUCUUCACACUGGCCUGCACCACGCUGACGCUGGGCCUCUUCACCAACUGGUUCUGGUCCACGGCCCAUGGGACAGCCUGGUAUUUCUGCAUCGCCACCGUCGCCUGGCUCUCACUGGUCAUUAUGAACCAGGUCACUCAAGCUUACCUGCCAAAAUCACUCAAGAAGCCCUCACAACAGUACUGAGAAACCAAGGAAAUUGUGGAAGGAUCAAUUUUCUCAGUAUUAAGCCUAUUUUCAGUCUAAAAUGGGGCAUAUUUUACUGUGGUAAUUGUCCAGAUCAUACUGCAGUUGGAAUUUACUUCUACCGGUAUAUCAGAUUAACUUAUAAAGUUUAAAGAAUGUACAUAAAUUCUCAGUAUCUUUUUACCAAGCAUAAGAUCCUGACUUCUGGGUCAGUCAUUGUCCAGAGCCUGAAGGUAAACUUGCAGUUUAUGCAUGAUAUGCUGUGCAUUCCAGUUGCAACUUGGGUAAUGUUGCUUACCUUGAUUAGCAUAAAAAGCUUUGCUUGUUUUAAACCUUAAAAGAUGUUUUGGGGUUAAACCCUUGCAUUUGUUGCAGAAAUUUUGAUCUUUUCAUUUUUGGUGUGUUGGACAGAACACAGCCAGAUUAUAUCCAUGUAUGAUCAUGACUAUAAAAAUGUUAGGUUUGAACAUAAUCCACGUGAAAUACAUAACUCUUUGUAUCAUUUAAAGAAAGCGAUCUUCAAAAUGGAAAAAACAAGAAAAGACAAGAAUGUUGUGUACAUCAGGGUAGUAAUUCAUGCUUAGAAAAAACAUACUAGUAACUUCCUUCGUGAAAUGCUGACCUAGCUUCAUGAAGUUUGCAAACAAAUUUCUUUGUUUUGCUAAUUUUGUAACCGUCAGUGAGUGCUGAUUAAAAGAAUGCGGCUGGCAAAGAGAAAUUGAAAUAUAAUUAUGGUAGUACAACAAAGAAUGAGCAGAGGAGUUAUACUUGCUUUUUAUUGUAAUUUGGGUAAUAUUUAUUUUACAAAAAUUGGAGUCUUUGAAAACCCAUCCAACGAAACCAGUAUCGUGGCAAAUAGUAAAAAGUUAUUGUCAAAUGGUACCUUGAGACAAGGCUAAGUCUCUACAUGUAGGCCUAUUAAAAAAUGUCAUAAAUUUCUACGUCAAUUAUCCUCGGGAAAUACAGUUCAAAAUAUGUGUACUGUAGUUACAAAUGUUAAAGUGUUUAUGGAUAUAUUGUGAGUUCAAGGUUUUGCUUACACAUACUGAAAAGCUUUUGGAUCUCCUUGUAAGAAAAAUACUUGAAAAGAACAGUUAAAAUAUACGAAAAAGAUGCGGACAUGUAAAACUAAAAUUUGCCAGAAUUUUAAAGACAUAAGAGAAAGACAUAAAUGAACGAGCGAUACAGGAUCACCUAAGCGUGACAUGGACAUGUAAAAGUGUAUUAAAGUUAAAAGAAAAGAACAUAACAUGCUACAGCUUGGGUUGCCGAAUCAUUUGAUAAUUCAGUAAAACAGAUUAUUCGAAUAUGGAAUAUUUAUGUAAUCAAGUAUUCUGACGGUAAAGUGAACUGAAAAUAUAAAAUGGAAAUACUCCCUUUUUGUGGUAACAUAAUCGAAAUCAUAAAUUUUGAAGGCAGCUGAUGGAUAGACACAACAAUAGGGCCAAAAAGUUUCUUCUGCACCCACUUACCGAUCGGCCCAAUUGUGAAGUCCCACUCUAACAUUUGCAUUAACAACUUAAAGACGUUCAGCUCUGUCUUCACAUAAUACUUAGAACUCAACAUUGUCCAUGUCUAAAACCCUUGUAACAUUGAUCAGGACUUUUGGGGUCUUUCAAACGGCCGCGUCCUGAAUCCGACGUUUUAAAGGCAAAGGAACCAAAGCAUUGUCACCACACCUGGUCCUAAAAAUUGCCCACCCCACUUUCUAACAUUUAUUUCAUAUGACAAACUCCUGGAUUCGCCCCUGCUGCUCCGUUUAUUUUCUGACAUCAUCAGUGCUCCAUCCUGAAUAACUUAAUUUUUGUACUCCAGGGUGGUUCAAUUUUUCGAACGAAGGGUGGAUGGAGUAGAAAGUUCAUUGCCUGCGAAGACUAAUAAAUCCUGGACGUGAAUUUGUA